AUGACGGCCGUUCCCCUAUCCGCGACCUGGGGAUGCGCUCGGCAGCAUACAACUCUGCUCUCCGGGAAGCUAGCUUAUCGCAACGGUACGCACCGUGUUGCUCUAUGGCUGCGAGACCUGGCCAACGACUAUCCGUCUUCGACAACCGCGUAUGGCCGGAGCAUCAUAGAUGAGAAUGUGACCCUUAUUAUUCGGCAUGGGAUUGGUGGACAUAAUCCGGUCAGUAGAGCCCUCACACAACCGGGACAGUACAACGAAUUGGCUCGAGGCACUACCAUGCUAAUUCUGAUGGAAAUGACUGGUCUCUGGCCACUGAUAUCAUACAAAUUAUCAUUUAAAACGAGUGGCUGUGGAGGCAUCCUACGUGACACGUGUUUCUUCGCCAAUCCCGGUUACCCAAAGCGAAUAGAGGCCGGUGAUAUGUGUGUUUGGCUUUAUCGAUCCACUCAAUCACGAGUUCAAUUCGAACUAAUCAAGAUCAAUGUGAGUCCACUUGAUCAGUUCACUGAUUGA